GGCGGGGCCGGGGCGGGAAUCUGUAGCCUCGGUGGCGGUCGUGGACACGUCGCGCCGGGCAGUGUUGGAAGGGUCUUCUGAGGAGUCGUGAGGGGGUUACGGGCUAAGGCUCUGUGAGGAGACGCCAGUGGCGGGACUGGACCUGGGCAGGUAAGGCCUCCCCGCCCCCUUUUGCAACCCUGGCACGAACACUGUCCUUUCUCCUCCGGGACAAGGACCCUCGUCACUCUUCUCAGUUCGGCGGAAAGAAAAAGGGCCCGGGACUGGAAGCUUGGAGACCUCAGCUCCUGGCCUGAUCCCUGCUGUGACAUAGCUGAAAUGACCUUGGAGCAAGGUGUUGGGUACCUCAGUUUCUCCGUCUAUAAAAUUAGCCUGAUGAUCUCCCUGCCCCACUGUCUCCGACUUGGCUAGUUAUUCAACGGGCUUUUUGUCCAGUGCUUCCAUGUAGCGGGUGGUCAAGAAGCUUUUAGACCUCAAAAAAAAAAAAAAAAUCAGGGGUCAUCGAAUUCAAUCCUAGUCUCAUAAUCCCAGGAUUUACAGAUAGAGAAACGGAGGAACUAAAUGUUUGGGUGACUAGCCCAGGGUCACACAGAGUAAAAGGCAGACCCGGCAGGAUCCUUAGUCCUUUGAUUCGGGAUUUCGCAAACUGAAACUGAUGGAUGAACAGGAAGCUUACCAGCCCAUCAUCUGCUGACUCAACAUUUCCUGGAAAAAUGAGUCAUCUGCAUCAUACAGGGAUGAGUGGUAUGGGCCACAGCAAUACCACAUCACACCCGACCACUUCAGUCUCACACUCCCAUGGCGGAGAAGAUGGUAACAUGAUGAUGAUGAUGCCUAUGACCUUCUACUUUGGCUUUAAGAAUGUGGAAGUAUUAUUUUCUGGUUUGGUGAUCAAUACAGCUGGAGAAAUGGCUGGAGCUUUUGUGGCAGUGUUUUUACUAGCAAUGUUCUAUGAAGGACUCAAGAUAGCCCGAGAGAGCUUGUUGCGCAAGUCACAAGUCAGCAUCCGCUAUAAUUCCAUGCCUGUCCCAGGGCCAAACGGAACCAUCCUUAUGGAGACACACAAAACCGUUGGGCAGCAGAUGCUGAGCUUUCCUCACCUCCUGCAAACAGUGCUGCAUAUCAUCCAGGUGGUCAUCAGCUACUUCCUUAUGCUCAUCUUCAUGACCUACAACGGGUACCUCUGCAUUGCUGUGGCAGCAGGGGCCGGCACUGGAUACUUUCUCUUCAGCUGGAAGAAGGCAGUAGUGGUGGACAUCACUGAGCACUGCCAUUAGCACUGGACUCCAUUGUGUGGCCUUAUCGAUCGCAAUGGGAAGCAGUUUGAGACUGGAAGACAUGAUCCCUACUCCAGUCAUCCUUUUUUGCUUCUUGUUUCCUUACAAACACACACACACACACACUUGCUCAACAGAGGUUUAGCUUAUAGUCUCUGAGUUAAAGUGGUAAUCUCCCCAGACUUUUUUCUAAUAAGCUGAGAUUCCCAUUUCUCUUGAGGAGAGGCCACCCAUGAGAUGUCCUUUCCUCACAGUCAUCUUAGAUCCAUGUUAUAUAUUCUUGAUUAAUCCAGGUAGCUGUAUCUUCAAUGACAUGAUCUCCUGAUUUCUUUUUAAUCUUUUGGGUUUUUUUAACAGGCAAUAUGGGAAUUUGGUGGUUUUGUUCUGGAUGAGUGGUAGAAAGGGAUUAUUGACUUCAGACAGGACUGAUAGCAUCUGAGGAAAAUUUUUGCCCAACUAAACCCAGAGCCCAAACCUAACACUAGAAAAUAAAUUCCAGUUUUUUGACUGAAUACUGGGAAAUAUACUGUACCUUUCCCUAGGUGUGAUGUUUCCACCAAAAUCUCUGGAGUGUGCAUAGGGGUGGAGCUUGCAGAAGUGUGCAUUCCUGGGCAGCUGACUUAGCAGCUUGUGUCCCUGCUUAACAUUUGAUUUGGAUUAUGAUGAACUUGCCAAUCCAAAAAAAGACAAUCAAUUUGAGAAAAUAGAAAUAGAUGUUUUAAAUAAAACUAUCAGUAUUUUACUUUGACUUAGUACUACCUUGGUUUGUCACAACUGAUUGAAGCAAAAGGGUUUGAAUGAUUUUCCCACUGAUUGUUUUCAAGUCUCUGCCUCUAAAGCAGUGGUUUUCAAACUUUAGCAUGCAUAGGAAUCACCUAGAGGGUUUGUUCAAACUAUGGUUCCUGGCCUUAACCCCAGGGCCCAAAAUUGGCAUUUUUAAUAAGUUCCAGGUAAUACUCUUGUUAUCAGGGGACCACAUUUUGAGAAUCUGUGCUUUAAACUAAGCGAGUAUCACCUGGUAGAGUGAGCUACCUGGUAUUGGCCCUAGGAAUUUGAAUUGCUGAUUAAUAGGCGGUAUCUCUGGGCUUAACUCAAGUACUAAAUUCUGCUGGUCAAUUACUUAAUCAUUCCACAAACAUUUUUCAGGUCCAUCCAACUGUGUGUGUGCUGGAGCGCACUAGUGUGCAAAGGGCUGUAGUCAGAGAAACCACUGGUCUUUAUUUUUAAAGAUCUGUGGUUUCUUGAAAGUAGCUUUCAAGCCAUUCAUGGGGUCAGAAGGGCAAACCCACUCAGCCUUUCCUUUGGAGAGGCUUAGGGUGUAUGUAUAGUCAGCUGAUGGCCAGGUUUUCCUCAGCCCCCGACAUCCGUGCCCACACCAAGCAGAUCCUCAUCUUCCACAUGACCAUCUUUGUUACUUUGAGGGGCUUCAUUAGAUUACAAAUGGCCAAAACCUCUCCUCCUUAAUGAAGAAUCACAUUGAGUUUUUAUCUUUGGCUGUUAGUCAACACUGCAGUCUUGUUCCCAGUCCAAACUACCUCUGUAAAUUUACUUUUCCAGUGCUGUCUAUUAAAUCCCGCCCUCCAGUCAUGCCUCGGGCCAGAGGAGACAAAACACAGCUAUCCUGUUGGCGUCUGUCAUGGUUUUGAAGUUUGUACUUUCUCUGUGGGUGCCAGUUAAUUAUUGGAUAGUGAGGAAUAUGUACUUCUCUGGCUUUGAACCAAGAAAAGGGUUAUGAGCUGACUGAAUGAAGGUUAAAAUCUGGGAGCCAACAUUUAGAGCUUUGCAUUUCUCUCAUUCCAUCCCCUUGAAGUGCUGAGCAGAGUGAAUGACAGAGUCCAACAUUAAGGUGUAAAUAGCCUGUUAUUGUCUCAGAGGCCAAGGAAUAAUAAAACACUGACAAGUGAAAUGAGAAUCAGUGUUUAGUAAUGACCCUGGUGAUCUCUAGACACCUUGGCAGGCGCUCCUAUGAAAUACCCUUCCAGAAACAGGACCCUUCUCAGGAAGGUAAGAAAAAUCAAGGCCAGUUAAGACAGAGUGCUAUAAAUUUUAAACUCCCAGACAGAAACAUCAGUUCAUAUGUAGGUCUUUGGGUAUUCAGGAUAGAGAGAAUCUCAUGAAAAACCUGAAUUUCAGAGAUUUUUAGACUAGGUUGCCAAAGCCAGAAACCAGUGAAGGAGAAAAUAUUUAAAGCUUAAUUCCAUCCUUCCUGAGUUCUCAGAUUGUGAUAAUACAAUUAUCUCAUCAACUUUCAUUUCUGAAUCCUAUUCAUUUGCAAUUUAAUGCCUGACUUCUUUUGAACCCAAAUUUUUAUCUUUUCCCCGCUCCCUGUUCACAUCUAUUAGACUAUAUCCCUGUUUCUUUGGCUCCUUAUUCUGCUCUCAUUUUCCCUAUCUUUCAGUAAUUUCCUUUCCAUAUCUCAUGUCUAAUUUAUUGAAUCUGCAUAGCCCUCCUGAUGCAGUGGCCAUUGCUCCUGAUACAGUGGGUAUAGAUACCAACCAAAAGUCCUAAAACCUGCUAGAGACUUUAAGCAUGCUUCAAGGAGCAGCUGCCCCACUGAAAUUUCUAUAGUGGUCAGUAAAGGGCUACCUGGUACGAUCCCCACAGUUGCAGAAUUUUUGGUGCUGUCUCCAGUCUAUGAUGAACACUCAGCUCCCCCUUUUACCCAUAGAUGGACUCCUCACUGUGUCCACCAGGGGGCUAGAGAUUGCAGUUUCUUUACUACUAUGGUAGGGUUGCCUGGAAUCCCUUUUCAGGUUGUGGGGCACUGGUCUUGGGUUCUAGCCUAAAGGGGCUCCUUAUAAGGAGCUGGAAGGGCAAGGGGUAUACUUUCACGUCAUUUAUUUUUGAUCCUGCUGUCUCUAGCUGCUUCUUUCCGAAGAUAACGUCUAAAGGUACAAAGUAUGCAUUUCAUGUAAUGCCUUAAUCACUGGGUCUACAAUUAAUGUUGACUGUUUUAGAUUGUAAGCUCCUAGAGAGCAGUAUUGCUGUAGUAGAUACGUUUUAACAGUCUCAUGUGCAAAAGAACAAAAUAAAUACUUUGAUUUUGUGA